GCGCGUGCGCAGUGCUCCGCCCGCGCCUCCCAUCCCGCCGCCUGUCGCCCGUCUGCGGCCUCAGGAGUGGUCAAGUGGCAGCCGGCAAGCCGGCGAGCGGACAGCCGGGCGGGCCAACGUUGGGCCUUGCCUGCUCUCUCUGGGGAGGAAGGAGGGGGCCACGUUCCCGGUCUCCGGUGUCCCCCGGCCCCGCGGCCUGCCCCGCCGGCGAGGGAGAAGCUGAGGAGCCGCCGCCGUUCCGCCCGGCGUCGCCGCCGCCAUGGCUGCCAUGAUGGAUCGGAAGUGAGCCUGAGGGCUACGGUGCCGGCGCGGGCGCUGAAGCCCUGGUCCCUGGUCGCCCCCGCCGGGGAAGCGCGACGCCGCGGAUCGCGGACCCUGGACCGUCGCGACCCCAGCCCAUUUGCUUGGCCUACUUCCUCCAAGAGUGAGCGGCGGGGAGUGGCUCCCGGCCUCCGGCCCCGGCGGCUAGGAAGAUGGCGGACCCGGCCGAAUGCAACAUCAAAGUGAUGUGUCGCUUCAGACCUCUGAACGAGUCCGAGGUGAACCGCGGCGAUAAGUACAUCGCCAAGUUUCAGGGAGAAGACACGGUCAUGAUCGCGUCCAAGCCUUACGCAUUUGACCGGGUGUUCCAGUCAAGCACAUCUCAAGAGCAAGUGUACAAUGACUGUGCAAAGAAGAUUGUUAAAGAUGUACUUGAAGGAUACAAUGGAACAAUAUUUGCAUACGGACAGACAUCUUCCGGGAAGACACACACAAUGGAGGGUAAACUUCAUGAUCCAGAAGGCAUGGGAAUUAUUCCAAGAAUAGUGCAAGAUAUUUUUAAUUAUAUUUAUUCCAUGGAUGAAAACUUGGAAUUUCAUAUUAAGGUUUCAUAUUUUGAAAUUUAUUUGGAUAAGAUAAGGGACCUAUUAGAUGUUUCAAAGACCAAUCUUUCAGUUCAUGAAGAUAAAAAUCGAGUUCCCUAUGUGAAGGGGUGCACAGAGCGUUUUGUAUGUAGUCCAGAUGAAGUUAUGGAUACCAUCGAUGAAGGAAAAUCCAACAGACACGUAGCAGUUACAAAUAUGAAUGAACAUAGCUCUAGGAGUCACAGUAUAUUUCUUAUUAAUGUGAAACAAGAGAACACACAAACAGAACAAAAGCUGAGUGGAAAACUUUAUCUGGUCGAUUUAGCUGGUAGUGAAAAGGUUAGUAAAACUGGAGCUGAAGGUGCUGUGCUGGAUGAAGCUAAGAAUAUCAACAAGUCCCUUUCUGCUCUCGGCAAUGUCAUUUCUGCUCUGGCUGAGGGUAGUACCUAUGUUCCAUAUCGAGAUAGUAAAAUGACAAGAAUCCUUCAAGAUUCGUUAGGUGGGAACUGUAGAACCACUAUUGUAAUUUGCUGCUCUCCAUCAUCAUACAAUGAAUCUGAAACGAAAUCUACACUCCUGUUUGGUCAGAGGGCCAAAACAAUUAAGAACACAGUUUGUGUCAAUGUAGAGUUAACUGCAGAACAGUGGAAAAAGAAGUAUGAAAGAGAAAAAGAAAAAAACAAGACCUUGCGGAACACCAUUCAGUGGCUUGAAAAUGAACUCAACCGAUGGCGUAAUGGAGAGACAGUGCCUAUUGAUGAACAGUUUGACAAAGAGAAAGCCAACUUGGAAGCAUUUGCGGUGGAUAAGGAUAUUACUAUUAGCAAUGAUAAGCCAGCAGCCACUAUUGGAGUUACUGGAAAUUUUACUGAUGCUGAAAGAAGAAAGUGUGAAGAAGAAAUUGCUAAAUUGUACAAACAGCUUGAUGACAAGGAUGAAGAAAUUAAUCAACAGAGUCAAUUGGUAGAGAAACUGAAGACCCAAAUGUUGGAUCAGGAGGAGCUUCUGGCAUCUACCAGAAGGGAUCAAGAUAAUAUGCAGGCUGAGCUGAAUCGCCUUCAGGCAGAAAACGAUGCCUCUAAAGAAGAAGUAAAAGAAGUUUUACAAGCCUUAGAAGAACUUGCUGUCAACUAUGAUCAGAAGUCUCAGGAAGUUGAAGACAAAACUAAGGAAUAUGAGUUACUUAGUGAUGAACUGAAUCAGAAAUCGGCAACUUUAGCAAGUAUAGAUGCUGAGCUUCAGAAACUUAAGGAAAUGACCAACCACCAGAAAAAACGAGCAGCUGAGAUGAUGGCAUCUUUACUAAAAGACCUAGCAGAAAUAGGAAUUGCUGUAGGAAAUAAUGACGUCAAGCAACCUGAGGGAACUGGCAUGAUAGAUGAAGAGUUCACUGUUGCACGGCUCUACAUUAGCAAAAUGAAAUCAGAAGUUAAAACAAUGGUGAAACGUUGCAAACAGUUAGAAAGCACACAAACUGAGAGCAAUAAAAAAAUGGAAGAAAAUGAAAAGGAGUUAGCAGCAUGCCAGCUUCGGAUCUCUCAACAUGAAGCCAAAAUCAAAUCAUUGACUGAAUACCUUCAAAAUGUGGAGCAAAAGAAAAGACAACUGGAGGAGUCUGUUGAUUCUCUCAAUGAGGAGCUAGUCCAGCUUCGAGCACAAGAGAAAGUACAUGAAAUGGAAAAGGAGCACUUAAAUAAGGUUCAGACUGCAAAUGAAGUUAAGCAAGCUGUUGAACAGCAGAUCCAAAGCCACAGAGAGACUCAUCAGAAACAAAUUAGUAGUUUGAGAGAUGAAGUCGAGGCAAAAGAAAAACUUAUUACUGAUCUUCAAGACCAAAACCAGAAAAUGAUGCUAGAACAGGAACGUCUGAGAGUAGAACAUGAGAAGUUGAAAGCUACAGAUCAGGAAAAGAGCAGGAAAUUACAUGAACUUACGGUUAUGCAAGAUAGACGAGAACAAGCAAGACAAGACUUGAAGGGUUUGGAAGAGACAGUGGCAAAGGAACUUCAGACUUUACACAACCUACGGAAGCUCUUUGUUCAAGACCUGGCCACCAGGGUUAAAAAGAGUGCCGAAAUCGAUUCUGAUGACACUGGAGGUAGUGCUGCUCAAAAGCAAAAAAUCUCCUUUCUUGAAAAUAAUCUUGAGCAACUCACUAAAGUGCACAAACAGUUGGUACGUGAUAAUGCAGAUCUUCGCUGUGAGCUUCCUAAGUUGGAAAAGCGACUCAGAGCUACAGCUGAGAGGGUGAAAGCUUUGGAGUCUGCACUGAAAGAAGCCAAAGAAAAUGCAUCUCGUGAUCGCAAACGCUAUCAGCAGGAAGUAGAUCGUAUAAAGGAAGCAGUCAGAUCAAAGAAUAUGGCCAGAAGAGGACAUUCUGCACAAAUUGCUAAACCUAUUCGUCCUGGGCAACAUCCCGCAGCUUCUCCGACUCAUCCAAGUGCAAUUCGUGGAGGAGGUGCAUUUGUUCAGAACAGCCAGCCAGUGGCAGUACGAGGCGGGGGAGGCAAGCAGGUGUAAUCUUCACAGGGCACCACAGGUGUUGAAAGUAAUUGAAGUAUGAAGAGAACAUAAUAUCAAGCAGUCAUUCAAUGACCAUAGCCUCUGUCCCUUGGAAACUAUAGAAUUAGAAUUUCUUUUUAGUGUAUAAAUUGUACCUGGCCUGUACAUUUGUUUCCUACCCACUCUUGUAAACUCUGCUGCUUCCCAACACAACUAGAGUGCAAUUUUGGCGUCUUAGGAGGGAAAAACGACAGUUUACAACUGUGGCCCUAUUUAUUACACAGUCUGUCUUUCAUGUCUUAAAUUUAGUCUUCACUGUGCCAAGCUAACUGUACCAUAUAGGACUCUGCUUUUUGUACUUGUUCUAUUGUGUUUUUAUUUUUAAAUCUCACUUUAGGUUACCUAGCUGCUACUGCUUCUUAUUUCUCUUUUCUUAUUAAAAUAAUAUCCUCCUUAUUUUAGGGAAAAUGGAACACUUAGAUUAAAUGUCUUAAAUUUUACCACUUACAACACUACAUGCCCACAAAUUAUAUCAGAUCAGUACUGUACUUUAAAAUCCCUUGAAAUGACUUCGGAGUUAAAAUUAUCUGUAUCAUCUCUGAAGUUCGCUUCUGAAAACUACUCCUUGAGCACUGAAACCUUAAAACUGCCUAACUAGACAUUUGAAACUAAGCAAGGCAACUUAAUUAUCUCAUGAAAUGCCUGUUGCUGAAUUAUCUUGAAUAGAACUACAUUACAAUAUCAAAAGCAAAUAUUUUGCUUUUGUUUAAGAAAGAGUCUGGAAAAGAAAUUUCUCUUCCCAGUGCUGCAGUAGUGCACAUAGCUUGAUGGAAUGAAAACACCCUGCUUCAUUCUGGUGAGCCUGCUAAUUAAUAUAAGAAUUGGACAGAUAUGAAUUUGUCAUCUUAAUAUAGUGAAAUGAACUAAGAUAUUAUAGGAGUAAACAAUUUUAUAUUAUUAGUACUGUAUUGGUUUAUGUAAAUUUAUAGCCUAUGGAAACUGAGGAAAAAAUGUGGAAGGACAGGAUAAAUACCAGAUGAAUUUAUAAAUAUGUAGGUAAAUUUGGUCCGAAAUCCCUGAGGUUUUUUUAACUUGCUACAUUAAGUCGUACAGUAUAACUUAUUUCUUCUUUAGUCUAGAAAUAAUCAUUUGCAAGUCACUAAUAAUCCUCAAAUGAAUUAUUUUGUUGGCAGCAGCUGAUAAUUUUGUAAUUAAGUGUACCUGUUUUUGCCACUUCUUCCUCAGAUGAUUAAAAGUCAACAGUUUAUUUUAGAAGCUACAAAAGUAAUAAAGGAAGAGAUUUCAAUAUUUGCUUCAUCAGUGGGAGGGGACUAACUGCAACUAUGUUAUCAGAAAUUUGCGGAGCAUGGGGAUUUAAGGUUACUCAGCAGAGAAAGUUGGAAAGUUUUGCGUUAGGAUCUGGGUGGCAAAAUUAACUUUUUGAAAAAGUUUUAUAUACAGAUAUUUGUAUUAAAUUUGGAGCCAUAGUCAGAAGACUCAGAUCAUAAUUGGCUUAUUUUUCUAUUUCCUUAACUAUUGUAAUUUCCACUUUUAUAAUAAUUUUGAUUUAAAAGAUAAAUUUAUUUAUUUUUUUAACAGUCAAAAAUUCUUGAUGUUAAUGGUCUGCAACCUUUAAAAUGAUUGUAUUGUUUUUAGGAUUGAUCAAAAGAAGCACUCCAAAAAUUGAGACGAAACCUCGUUGUGCAGCAAGAUUGAAGUAGUGCAGUUAACAAAAAAAAAAAAGUGCUACUGCCUAUUUGUGACAAUAGUUUUCUAAAUGGAUAAAUAUUUGGCUGUAUUCACAUAGACGUUUACAUUUCAUUUUCAAAUGAAAGCUUGCUUUUUUGGCAAUAUUCUUAAGUGAGGCAGAAAUUCUUUUCUCUUUGAACAUGGUAGUUUCAUUCUUGUAAGAUCUGUCACGGGUAUUGGUGCUGUGUAACAAACAGUUGUAACUAGCAUGCGGUUCAGAAACACAAUGUUAGGGUUUUUUAAGUAUCUCAGUGGUUCUUUCCUAUUUAAUUUCAGACUUCCACAAAAUGUACAGAGAAUUUCAUGAAUUUGUUUUCAUUGAACUGCUUUUGCUAUGUCAUUAAACACAGCAUUUGCUCUCAUAAAUGAAAAUUUCUGCUCAUCUGAAACAUCGACACUUAUUUCAAUUUGCAGUGUCUUUUUUUUUUUUUGACUGAAUAUAUUAAUGUUCCUCUGAAUGGUAUUGAUAAAAUGGUUCAGAAGAGAAACUCAAUGAAAUAGAAGUAAUAUUUAUUCAAGGUGAUCAAUUAAAUUAUUUGCCUAAUUUAAAAAAAACUACUGUGCAUAACUCAGUUUGACAGGAGGUGAUAGAAGAGAAUCUGAGUCCACCUGUGGAAUAUGUUGGUUUCUUUUCAGUGCUUGAAGAUAUGUUCAGAGAUGAUUGGUUUGGGAAGGCGCCACAUAAUUUUAAGUUAACCUGCAUGCUGUAAAUGUGUUUUAUGUUUAAAUAAAGAGGAAAAUUUUUUUGAAAUGUAA